GUAAUAUCACUGUCUCAUUUUGUGUUGUGCAUAUGUAUGGGAUUUUAGAAUGUAUUGACCUUUGAGGAUGUGCAUGUACACUUCACUCGGGAGGAGUGGUCCUUGCUGGAUCCAUCUCAGAAGAGACUUCACAAAGAUGUAAUGCUGGAGAUCUACAGGAAUCUCACUACUAUAGGCUACAAGUGGAAAGACCAUAACAUUGAAGAACAUUGUCAAAAUGAUAGAAGAUAUGGAAGGCAGGAAAGAAGCCCUGCUGGAGAGAAACCCUAUGAAUAUACACAAUGUGAUAAAGCCUUCACAUAUCACAGUCAUCUUCAAAAGCUUGAAAGAAACCAAACUGGAGAGAAACACUCUGAAGGCUUUCCACAUAUUGAAGCGCUUGCAUGUCAGAGUACUGUCCAAAUAAAUAAAAGAACAGACACUGGAGAGGAACCCUACAAAUGUAAUGAAUGUGAUAAAGCCUUUUUACAGCUCAAGAAUCUGCAAGUACAUGAAAGAACACAUUCUGGAAAGAAACCCUAUGAAUGUAAUCAAUGUGGUAAAGCCUUUUUAAAACCCACCCGUCUUCGAAUACAUGAAAGAACACAUACUGGUGAGAAACCCUACAAAUGUAAUGAAUGUCAAAAAGCCUUUGCACAGCUCAAGUAUCUUCGAGCACAUGAAAGAGCACAUGCUGGAGAGAAACCUUAUGAAUGUAAUCAGUGUGGUAAAGCCUAUUCACACCAGAGUUGUCUCCGAAUACAUGAAAGAACACAUACUGGAGAGAAACCUUACAUAUGUAAACACUGUGAUAAAGCCUGUUCACACCAGACUCAUCUCCGAAUACAUGAAAGGACACAUACUGGAGAGAAACCUUACAUAUGUAAGCACUGUGAUAAAGCCUAUUCAAACCGCAGUAAUCUCCGAAUACAUGAAAGAACGCAUACUGGAGAGAAACCUUACAUAUGUAAACACUGUGGUAAAGCCUAUUCAAACCGCAGUUAUCUCCAACUACAUGAAAGAACACAUACUGGUGAGAAACCUUACAAAUGUAAUGAAUGUGAAAAAGCCUUUGCACAUCUCAAGUAUCUUCGAGAACAUGAAAGAAGACAUAUUGGAGAGAAACCCUAUGAAUGUAGUCAGUGUGGUAAAGCCUUUUUACAACCCUGCUUUCUUCGAAUACAUGAAAGAACACACACUGGAGAGAAACCCUACCAAUGCAAUCAAUGUGAUAAAGCCUUUGCACGGCUCAAGUAUCUUCGAGUCCAUGAAAGAAGACAUACUGGAGAGAAACCCUAUGAAUGUAAUCAGUGUGGUAAAGCCUUUUUACACCUCUGCUCUCUUCGAAUACAUGAAAGAAAACAUACUGGAGAGAAACCCUACAAAUGUAAUCAAUGUGAUAAAGCCUUUGCACGGCUCAACUAUCUUCGAGUACAUGAAAGAAGACAUACUGGAAAGAAACCCUAUGAAUGUAAUCAAUGUGGUAAAGCCUUUUUACAACCCAGCUGUCUUCGAAUACAUGAAAACAGACAUGCUGGAGAGAAACCCUACAAAUGUGAUCAAUGUGGUAAAGCCUUUUUACAACCUAGCUUUCUUCGAGUACAUGAAAGAAGACAUAAUGGAGAGAAACCCUAUGAAUGUAAUCAGUGUAGUAAAGCGUUUGUACAACCCUGCUCUCUUCGAAUACAUGAAAGAACACAUACUGGAGAGAAACCCUACAAAUGUAAUCAAUGUGGUAAAGCCUUUGCACAACUCAAGCAUCUUCGAUUACAUGAAAGAACACAUACUGGAGAGAAGCCUUACAAAUGUAAUCAGUGUGAUAAAGCCUUUGCACAAGGCAGUAAUCUCAAAGUACAUACAAGGAUGCAUACUAGAGAGAAACCUUACAAAUGUGAUCAAUGUGGUAAGGCCUUUACACAAAGCGGUCAUCUUCAAACCCAUAAAGUAAUGCAUACUGGAGGGAGACAAAAUUGCUAUGGAUUCUGACAAUCUUCUCAGUAUAUUUUCCGUGCACUUGAAACUGGUUGUAAGAAGUAACGUUUAGACAAUAUGAAGGUUGUCUUGGUCAGGGUUACUAUUCCUGCAUAAACAUGGUGACUAAGAAACAACUUGGGGAGGAAAGGGUUU